AUGAAAGUUUUUGUCGUAGUAUUGUUGGCACUGGUGGCCACUGUCCACUCCAGAAACAUCAACAUCGAAGAUGUGAUUGACCUGGAAGACCUCACCGCCUAUGGAUAUCAUGAUAAAAUCGGUAUUCCUUUAGCCGAUGACAUCCGUCAAGCGGAGUCUCAACCGAGUUCCAGAAUCACUGGUGGAUCAGCCUCGAAUCUAGGACAGUUUCCUUACCAGGUUGGUCUUGUCAUCUCUGUCGGAGGUGGACAAAGUGUAUGUGGUGGUGCUAUUGUCCGUCAAAAUAGAGUACUCACUGCGGCCCACUGCUGGUUUGACGGUCAAAAUCGGGCAACGAGUUUAACGGUUGUAGCUGGUUCAAUUAGACUGUUCUCUGGCGGUCAAAGAAUUGUGAGCAACAGUGUUGCCAUGCACGGUAGCUGGAACCCGAAUUUAAUUCGAAAUGAUAUUGGCAUGAUCAAUUUAUCUACUCUUAUCGCGCUCAACAGUGCUGCUGGUCUUAUUGCAUUGCCUACUGGCGCUCAGCUCAACCAACAUUUCGCCGGUACCACUGGAGUUGCUUCAGGAUUUGGACGUACUGGUGACGGUGCGAAUCACGGAAUCACAAAUAAUCAAGCCCUCAGACAUGUCAACCUGCAGAUAAUCACCAAUGCUGAGUGUAGCCGCUCGUUCGGUAUCAUCACAGCGGGCAACAUUUGUACCAGCGGUGCUAACAGCAGAAGUACUUGCCAAGGUGACUCCGGUGGUCCUCUUGCUGUUUCCAUAAAUAACCGACCGACACUGGUUGGUCUAACCUCUUUCGGUUCCGCUGCAGGCUGUCAGCGAGGCUUCCCUGCUGCAUUUGUUAGAGUCACUGCUUUCGAUAGCUGGAUCCGUGCUCGUAUGUAA